AUGGCGUAUGACGAUACUUUAUCCGAUGCGUCGACCGACUCAGACAUUGCAGAUGCCAAGAUCAAGAAGCUCCCCAUUGCGAUGAUUCUCCUGGUGGAGCUGUGUGAGAGGCUGACAUACUACACCCUGGCGGGGACGCAGAAGACCUACAUGCAGAAUCAGCUAGACAAGCUGCCAUCGACAGCAGCAGCACUGAACUCAGUGUUCAGCAUGCUGUGCUAUUUCUGGUGUAUUCCAGGUGGCCUGGUCGCAGACUCAAUAGGCCGCUACAAGACCAUCAUUGGUGCCGGUACGGUCUAUGCCAUUGGCACAUGCUGCGUUGCUGUCGCGGUGAUCCACGCCUUCCAGGAGAAACUGGGGUGGAUGUUUACUGGUGGAUGCCUCGUGCUGAUCGCAGCUGGCACCGGUGGCAUCAAGCCGAACAUUGCAAACUUCGGUGCUGAUCAGAUCGGAGAUGACACUGAGGGCCAGCGGGAAUGUCAGAAGACCUAUUUUUCCUUGUUCUACCUGUCCAUCAAUGUCGGGGUUCUCUUCGCCUUCGGGUUCUUCACAAACAUCACUACUGCAGGGCUUCCUGGAGUGGUGUCUGAGGCCGAGGGCUACUCUUUUUCCUAUGGCGCCGGAGCCGUGUUCAUGAUAGCGGCGGUCCUGAUUUUCAUUUCCGGCUCUAGAGCCUACAAGAAGCUGCCUGGAAACGGGCUUGGGCCUGCGAAGCGCCUGGUCGCCUAUCAGUGCCAUUCCCUUCGAAAGGGAGGCUGGCGGGCUGUGAUGUCUGCCAUCGGCUGGCUGUGUUUGCCCUUCUUCUACCUCGUCACUCUGGCGGCCGUGCUGGUGCCCCCGCCGGCAGGUUCUCACGAGCAGGUCUUUGUGGAUCCUUGCUCUGGCCAGCCGGGUGUGCCGGCUGCCCGCAGGCUCAAUGGUGGGUCGGCCUCCAGCAACGACGCUCUCAACAACACCGCGCUCGGGCUCGGCGCCAUGGCCUGUGUCUGCCUUGUGGUCGCAAACCUGAACACCAAGUGGGUCCAGUCGCUGAGCGAUGAGGCCAAGUCUACAUUCAACGGCUUUGGCGUAGAAGAGGCGCGUGAGACAUUUGCGGCAGUUCCAAUGAUCGUGAUUGUGAACAUUGCCUUCAACUUGUGCUACAACUCCAUGAACAAUGCAUUUCCUUCCCAAGCCUGCCAAAUGGACCUCAGAGUCGGCAGCAUACAGUUAAACGGGGCUUUCUUCAACAUCGCGGAUGCAUUUGCAAUCUUGGUCUUUACCCCGCUUUUCGAGUCAUGUCUGUACCCGAUGCUGGGGCGAAUGAAGGGAUCUCCUGUGCGACUGGGCCAAAAGAUCAUUGCAGGCUUGCUUGUAGCAUGCGGAUCCAACCUAGCCGCAGCUGCAUUGGAGAUCAAGCGGCGGGAUGCGCCGUACCUUUGCUCCGCAGAAUUCUCGCAGUGCGCCCCUGGGUACUCAGAAGACGGCUUACAAGGAACGCGCAUGAAGGACAUCAGCGCCUAUUGGAUCUUCGUGCCAUUCACCUUAGUGGGAAUUGCCGAGAUUCUGGUGAACCCUUGCAUGUACUGCUACUCUUAUGAGGCAGCGCCUGUACAAGUUCGUUCCCUGCUUCAGGCCAUCAAUCUUUUUUUCGCGGGGUCAGUUUCCAAUGCUUUCACUUCGGUUGUCACAAAGCUUACGUACCCGAACGACUUGGACACUGGCCACCUCGAAAACUACUACUAUGUCAACGCUUUCCUGGCCGUGAUCGGCAUCUUCUUGUACUUCGCAGUCACACGCCUCGGCUCCAAGAAGGGGAUACGAAAGGAGAUUAAGAAAGAAGAGAGGGUGGUGGACUGCGGUGGAGGAGAAUCGAGCGAUGAGGAUAGCACCAUCUGA